CGUGAGGCAUGAAUUCCCGCGAGAUAACAGUCCGAUUAAAGAGGAAGAAGAGCGUGUUGUUUGUUUAGGUUUCGCAGACAAAAUGGGGACUCUUUCCUCCUUUGUCUGUAUGUUGGGACUGUUUGUCCUGCUUGCGUGCACCUCAGCAUCUUCAGAUGUGUUCGAUAGCGUUUUGGGAAACACAGUAUCCUGCCAUAAGUCAUGUGAAAUGACAUACAGUUUGCACACGUAUCCACGGGAAGAGGAACUCUAUGCCUGUCAGAGAGGCUGCCGUCUGUUCUCCAUUUGUCAGUUUGUUCGUGACAGCGAAGAUCUAAAUCAGACCAAAUCCGAGUGUGAAUCAACCUGUCAUGAAGCCUACACCCAUUCUGAUGAGCAGUAUGCAUGCAAUCUGGGCUGUCAGAAUCAGCUUCCAUUUGCUGAGCAACGUCAUGAGCAGUUGGAGGCCAUGAUGCCCAGGAUUCACCUGCUGUACCCACUGACUCUGGUCAGAGGGUUUUGGGAGGAUGUAAUGAGUCAGGCACACAGCUUCAUCACUUCCACAUGGACAUUCUACCUCCAGGCUGACGAUGGCAGAGUUGUCAUUUUCCAGACUGAGCCACAAAUCAAGUUUUUCUCCCAAUUUCAAGUGGAAACCGACGUUAAAGAGGAACAGAAGACCUUCCCAGUUUACAAAGAAUACCAUCGCACUUUAAUCCAGGAGAGGGACAGAGAUAUGACCGGGGACCGCAGCUAUGAUGAUGAAUAUAACCUCUUUAGCUGUCUUUCAAGAAACCCUUGGCUACCAGGUUGGAUCCUAACCACAACCCUGAUCCUGUCUGUGCUGGUCCUGAUCUGGAUCUGCUGUGCCACUGUGGCAACUGCUGUAGACCAAUAUGUACCUGCUGAGAAAUUGAGCAUCUAUGGUGACAGGGAAUAUGUAAAGGAAGAGAAACUGACUCCAUAUCCAGCAUCCUCCCUGAUAAUCAUUACCUCCAAAGGGCCAGAGGAAGAGGCCGGGCCGCUCCCUUCCAAAGUCAACCUGGGCCGGUCUGACAUCUAGAAACCAAGCUGUAGCAGAGAAAGAAAUUCUUCUUUUUAGGAAUAAUAUUUAGAUGAUUUUUUUUUUUUUUUUUUUUUCUCUGGCACAACACCUUUUUGCUUAUGGUCUAAACAGGAGUAACUUCUUGCAAAACAUUUUGUAUUACUGAUAUGUCUCGUCUCCCUUUUUGAUGCUUUUAAAAUUGAAGUAAUGAAAAGGUAUUUUGUUUGUAUAUUGGUAUAAUUGAGGCAUUAUAGUAUAAUGGCAAGUAAAAUAUGUUUAGGGAUUUUUCUUUCGACUAGCUCUCUGUUGGUGUUCUUAUUUUAUUGAAUAAUGGGUAAAGGAACUAUUAGUGACUUGAAGUAAUACAGGUUUCAACCCAUACCCUCAACUUUUGGUAAAAAUAGAUUGUGCUAAUAUUGCAGGCUCUCCCUGUUUGUUCUAAUGUUUUUACUGCAGUGAUUUACAGCUGAUACUGGAUUUUACAAUAAAAUUCUUUGCCCUUAAUCUUAAUAGUGACAGUACACACAAUUAAGUCUUUCCUGGGUUGCGGUUUGUUCUCAUAAUGAUGGAUCAGAAAUAAAUACAAGAGUCACGUUGA